AUGGUGCGGUGGCUGUACCUGUCCGGGCUGGUGCUCGCCGUGCUCAUCCCAGCCGGAGGGAAGGUGGCUCCCAAGGACCUGGAGGAGCUGUCCAGAUGGAAGCUGUUGGGAGCCCAGAACUCCCAGAGCUUCCUGUCCCUCAUCAAGCGACACUCGGAGGGGACCUUCACCAGCGACUUCACGCGGUACCUGGACAGGAUGAAGGCCAAGGACUUCGUGCAUUGGCUCAUCAACACAAAGAGGUGCUGGGAGCAGGGAGAGGAUUCCUUACCCUCCUGGGACCACUGA